GCAUAACAGAAAAUUUGACACCGAAAGUUGUAAUGAAAAAAACAAUUGUAAAUAAAUAAAUACUUUUGCAAAAAUAAUAAUAAAAAUAGUUAAAAUAAAUAAAAUAAAAAGCCACUUACACCAAUGAAAAACCAAACCAUCACCACCUUUAAGUUGUCUUUAUAAAGACGCAUGACUCUAACUUCUAGUCCUCCCUCUUCUUCUCCUCUCUUUCUCUACUCCAAGUUUUCACAAUGACAUUCUUCAUCGAAGACACUAGUCUCAUCAUCAGCCACGUUCUCUACAAAACGGCACUUAUCAUCACCGUUUUACGAUGGAUCUUUGCAUGGAUCCUCCGUUACCGCUCAAGAUCCUCCUCAUCAUCAUCAUCUCAAUCCUCCUCUUCUCCUUCUAUUUCAUCACAAACCAUCAAAGAAAGCCUAGCCGUGUCCGCUUUCCGCGACGCGGUGGAGAGAUCUCCCGCGGCGAUAAACGACAUGUGUGCCGUGUGUCUAGGAGAUCUUGAAGACGAGGACGAAAUCAGAGAGCUUAGGAACUGUACUCACGUGUUUCAUCGUGAUUGUAUUGACCGAUGGCUAGAUUAUGAAUGUUGCGGCGGUGAUGAUGAUAACCACCGUACUUGUCCCCUAUGUCGAACGCCGUUGCUUCCAUCUUUCACUGAUUACUCAACCGUUACUCAAACUAGUUGGGCUGUUGAACGACUUCUUUACCUCUUCGGCGACGAUCUUCUUCCCUGACUUUUAUUUUUCUUUUAGAAAACAUUUGAUUUCAUAUUUUUUUUAUGAAUAUUGUAAUUGGUAGAGGGGUCGAAUAGGAAAUAUAAGAGUGAUUGAUCGCAAUUAUACGAAAUCGAAUCAAUUUGAUUUGAUUGUAUAUACAAAUGUUAAACUGUAUUAAUUCUCCUCUUCAGAUAAAUGUCUAACAUUUUUUAUUAUUAUUUCAACAUUUUUCAUUUAUUUA